UCUGGACGAAAAAAAAGGGGGGACCCAAAUGUGGCGAUAGUUUCGAACUCUACGUUUAGUCGUCGGUCGCAGUUCGAACGGUUCGGUCGUCGUCACUAGCAAGUUUUCUGGAAGCAGAUCAAAGUUGUUUUUUUUUGUGUGUGUCCUGGUGUAGAAAGACCGGCUAAGCGAAGUGAACCUUAAUUUAAUUAGUCUCGAAUUACCUUCCCCAAAAAAAUAGCCUGACAACGGGGGUGACCACCAAAGGUGAAGUUGUGGCUUGUUUUGGCGGUGCGCAAGUUCUAAGUGGAAUUUAUCAUGAAGCGGUUGGUUGUUUUGGUUGUGGCAACGGUGGUACAUCUCGCCAGCGGAACCGGCCUGUCUGCACUUCAUGACUCAUCCAGUGAGAAUCGGGCCUCGUCGGCAGCGCAGUACUGCACCGAUCUGAACCCCCAAACCAGGUUGGACAUCGAGCAAAUCAUGGGUCUCUGGUACGGCAGUGAAGUCAUAACUCAUCUCGGCAACGAGGACGGUGAAACGAUCUACGAUACUUGCGUGGUGAUUCAUCUGACUGAUACUACCAAUACUUCCCAAACCACCGACGGUCCGUCCCGCGACCAGGGCCCACCGGUUCGGUUCGCCACAGAUUACGGCUUUUCCGGCGAUCGAGACGGCAACCGAAGAAACCAAAACCAGCAGAACCAACAGCAGCAGCAGCAGAACUACAACUACCAGUGGCAACAGCAGCAGCAAAACACGCGCCACCUGCUGUUGAUCUGGGAGGAGAAGGAACACACCCUGGAGUACAAGCUGCGGUUCAACAAGAGUCGGCCUGGCUUUUGGAUGUCGUCGGGCCCGCAGGAGGGCACGAUGAUCAAGCUGCCGUACGUGCACUUUUCCGGCACGGUGCAGGUCCUGAAGGCCGUCAACAACCAGCUGGUGCUGACGUUCUGCCAGAGCCUGCCCGGGAGUCAGCUGUUCACGGUAGUGCUGUCGCGCCAACCGAUGGGACUGUCGCCGGAGGAAAACCACAGCAUCCGAGGUCUGAUCAAGCGCCGCAACCUGUCGACCAACUCGGUGCGCAAGGUUUGCUACAACGGUGCCUCCUCCUCCGUCAGCAGCCACGUGACAGCGGCCAUCCUGGUGGGAAUUACUACGUUGCUACUGCGUUGCGCCACCCUCUUCAACUAAGUCACCCGUCGACUGCUGUACCACAACCCACUUCAACAUCAUACAACUUCUCAACUGCAUUCCAUCCAACUGUUUAUUGACUAUUUAUUGACAUUGAGCCUGUGCGUUCUGUGCGAUUGUGUGUGAUUUAUUUUGAUACUUUAAUUUUGAUGCAAAUAUAUGUAGAUGCUGUGUCUCUAUACUGUAGGAAAGUGCAUUCAAGGUCUCGAGUGUAUAAUUGUUGUAAAGUUCUAGUUAUUCGAGUCAUAAGUUAAUGCCUGUAAUGUGCUUGUGGUGUUUUUUUGAAGAGCAUGACAUUAAUAAAGACUAGUUUAGGCGCUCUUGAUAAGGUUAA